CCGCAGGUGGAGGUUCCGGUGAUCUCGCCCUUUUCCCCCCCGCCUGGGGACUUCAGAUCGUAUCCCAGUCCGGUGGCUACGGUGCAGGCGGUCUCGCCUCCCAGGGCCAUGGCGGCGGAUGCGGCGAGUUCUUCGGCGGAGCAGGGUACCGCUACGAGCACUACCUUUCCACCGGCGCCCAAGAAGAGGCGUCGCAAACACAUGUUGAGCGACUACAAGCGCAUCCUCAAGCGCAUGACGGAGGACAUGCCCACUGGUCAGGAGCCGGACAGGACGGAAAUCGCAGCUUUGGCGAUGGGGUGGUGGCCUCCUUCGCCGCCUGCUCCGGCCACGCCGCCGUCACCUCCGACUCCGCCAGCAGGAACGAGGAUCCCACGGACGCCACCUCGGAGGUGAAGACCUUCUACAUCGGCGACGGGUCCGUUCCCGAUGCAGGUGGUGAAGGUGCAGCCCCCGACAUGUCAGCCCUUAGUGGCGGUGUCACGUUUGACGGCUCUGGC